AUGGCUUAUAUGUGUUUGACUGUUCAUUUUAUUGAUGUGGAUUGGAAGUUGCAAAAGAAAAUACUAAAUUUUUGCCAAGUCACCGGCCACACGGGAGAGAUUAUGGCUCAAAAUAUUGAAGCUUGCUUGAAUAGCUGGAAGUUGAACAAGAUCUUGAGUUUGAUAGUUGAUAAUGCAUCGUCUAACGAUGAUGGAUUGAAAGAGAUUGAUGAUUCGGUCACCAAAAUUCGGGAUGCUGUGAAGUAUGUUAGAUCCUCAAAUUCAAGAUUAACUAGGUUCAAGGCAUGUAUUGCACAAAAGAAUAUUCCACUUAAGAGUCUUGUUUGCAUAGAUGUUGAAACGCGAUGGAACUCUACAUACUUAAUGUUAGUAGCAGCCUUAAAGCAUCAGAAGGCAUUUGAGCUAUUAGAGAUACAAGACAAAAAAUUUGUUGAAGAAUUAAACAAGGGAAAAGGGAUACCUUCAAUUCAAGAUUGGGAUUAUGCUAAGUCCGUCUUACCAUUUUUAGAGAUAUUUUACGAUGCUACACUUCGCAUCUCUGGAUCCUCUUAUGUCACCAGUAACUUGUACAUGAAAGAAAUGUUUGCUCUUGGAAGGAGGAUUCAACAAUAUCGUGAUGAUGAUGAUUUGAGCAUAAGUCUUAUGGCAAGUAAGAAGAAAGCAAAAUACAACAAGUAUUGGAAAAAUGCAAAAACUAUUAACAUGUUGUUAUUUGUUGUAGUUCUAGAUCUUUGCCAUAAGUUGGAUUAUGUUGAGUGGUGCCUAGUUAAUUCUUUUGGUGCGGAAGUGGGCGGUGAAUUGAAGACAAAGUUGUCUUCUUGUCUUCAUUCACUUUAUAAUUUAUAUCAAGGUGCAGAAGAAGGAAACCAAGAUGAUACCCUCUCCCAACCGAGCGCAAGUGAUAAAGCCAAAGACAUUUAUGAUAUGAGGUUAUAUCGCUGA